GUAUUGUCAAAAGUCAAAACAAAAAGUGCAACAGCUGCGCCCCUCUGCAUUGUGCACAAAUUUUGUUACAUUUUAUUAAACUUAUACUUUAGUUUUGCUUGUAUCAAUAACGUUUAUUGCCAUAAUCAGAUGACUUUUGUAAAAGCGCCUUCUAGUACUGCUCCUUGGACUACAGUCAUAGAAAGUAAUGGAAACUUAAUAAACAGAACUAUGACAGAAAAUAGAAAACGAUCUCGUGAAGAUGACACAUGUGAUUUUAUGCCAUUAUCGAAACGAAUAAAUAAUUUGCAUAUCAACAAUAAUAUAAAUAAUGCACUACCACAUCAGACACAACUUGACUCUAGUCAACUAAUUCAAGUUGAAAACAGCUGUAUUCCUUCUCCAAGUUCUUCCUCGGAUUCAGAUAGAAGGCCCAGUUAUGAUCCCGGGCUGAAUUCUAAUCAAAGCAAUUAUUACUAUGAAAACAAAUUGCUAUUUGAACUACAUUUAGAGAGAAUACAAAGAACUGGGCAGCAGUUUCCGUUUUAAUAAUAGGUUUUAAUAGGUUAUUUGUAAGUUUGCUACCUGUAUUUGUUGUUUAGUGUAUUAAUUGUAUGUCAUUAUAUUAUUUUAAAACUUA